AUGGCACGACGUUAUCAUAUCGAUGAGCUGCUAUGGCUGCGCGGAUCGCCUCUGGUUGUUCGGCCUCCUACACUGCCGCCAGUAGACGAAUGGAUGGGCCCCAUCCCCGACCCAUCUACACAACGGAAAACCUCAAAUUCGCGAGAAUCUACCAAUCCCAAUGAGACUACACCUAGACGGCCGAGCCUCUUCGAUACCCGGCACAUGUCCCGGAACUCGAACUCAGAGGAUAUCAUUCUCGGGCCUCCUAAAACCGCUUUCGCCUCUGCCUCUCGCAUCGCUGGUAAGGGAUCCAUAGAUUCCACGGAUAGGUCAUCCAGGCCGCACGAUUCCGAAGACCUGAAAACCGAUCGCUUUGCCUUUCGAGACAAGUUCUUCAAGGAACGGGAUCCCAACGACAGAGAUUUCGAUCGACGCGAUGGAAAGAUGGGCGCGUUCAAUGCUCGGCGCGGGGACAAGGAAGACUGGAUUAAUGGACGUCCCCGUCGCACGUUUGGCCCGGAUGAACAGGACCGCAAGCCCAGACGUAAUGGAGAGUUCGACCGAUGGGAUAAUCGCGACCAACGCGAGCCGACUCAUGAUCGGACUGUGAGAGACAGCAAGGAUACCCGGUUCACCCUUCGCAAGGACGGUACACCGGGGCGCGCUAGGCAUGAAGGAAGCUGGUUCCGAGAGGAUAACGCUCCCCACGAGACCCCCGAAGCCGAGGAGGACAAGACCCCGGUCCGUAACCGAGAAUGGCGUCGGGAUCGACACGGUGCUGAUCGCGAUUGGACCCGCGGUGCCAAACUUGAGCAGGAGCCUGAAUGGCUAGACACCAACGAUAAGGAUGAGUAUCGGAGAGUGCAUACACAGGAGGAUUUUGAGCGUUGGAAGGAGCGAAUGAAAGCCGGAUCUCAGCCUCAUGCAACGGACAACCACGAGAUUCCUGUCGACGCUGAAGUUGCACCCCCUCAGCAGCCUGAUACUCGACCUACCGAUGGGGAGAUUUUCAGCAGUAAUGGCACCCCCUUCCAGCAGGACUCAGCCAUGGAGCGUUUCUUUGGAUUGCUGAGCGAAUCCAAGCCUACGCCUGCGCCUGCGCCGGAGGUCAGCGCUCCGCCCGUGCAAGUGGAGGCAACUCCGAAGAAGGAGGCCCAAGCUGCUAAAGCCAUGAAGUCGUCUCGGUUUGCUGGGCUCUUCAGUCCUCCGCCAGGAAGCCCUGCGAGAGACCCAGAACCUCAACCUGAUACCAGGUCUCCAGCUCUGACGCCUGCUGGUUCCACUGAUGCCGACCAAGAAGGAUUUCAACGUAUUCUGCUCAUGCUUGGAGGCGGAAAAUCGCGUAACGGGACACCACAUAAUGAUACUAUGCCUGCUAAUCGGCCUCCCUCCUUGGUGCAGGCGGAACAGGUUCAGAGCGCCGUCUCUUCGCCUGCUCGGGAACAUAUCAAGCGACAGGAGUAUCUGGCUAUGCUGGAGACGCCGUCUCGAGCCGCUGGCCCUCCUUUCAAGGAAAAUCCAUACCCCCCGGAAACUCAGGCUCGUGACAGAGAGCACCUUCUGCGACUGAUGCAGCAAGUUCGCGUCACUCCUGUAAAUGGCCAUGCUCCGGGUGGCCAAAAUCAGCCACAGAGUGCCGGUCCUGUGCCCGGUAUGAUGAACAUGCCGGAUGUACUGUCUCCUCCCCCUGGUAUACCUCCUGUUCAAAAGGGCCCCAACUUUCUGGAUGAUCCAGCGAUUGCGAAUAUCCAGAGACCUGACGCUGAACACCUUCGGAGACGGCCUGUGAAUGGGCCUCCGAUGGGAUACUUUGAUGACAUCCCUUUUCCUCCUGGUGGCCAAGUCCCCAUCACGCCCGGUGGAACCAGGGCUCCUCACGGUCAAGGACAUCCUCCUAUGGGUAUCCAAAGACCUCCAGGCUUUGAACAUAUGCCGCCUCCUGGAUGGGCGGGCCCUCAAAUGCCCCCGCAGCCUGCUGGUGGACCGGCGCCUCUGGCCCCUCCCCCAGGUAUCCCAACUCCUACACGUGGUGUAAACCCGACUUACAUGGCAAACAUGAUGCCAAUGCACGGGAGUGCUCCUCCUCUCAACGAGCGUGAGCCUUUCCCGCGCGCCAAUGGCGGUGGUUCGGCCGGCUUUCCUCCGCCUCCCGGGAUGAUGCCUCCCCCUGGUUACAUGAACGGCCCCCCACCCUCAUUUCCGCCCAUGCCACAUAACGGCGAUGUUAUGAUGGGACUUGGACCUCGCGGACAGCCUCCUUUCGAAGGCGGCCCGCCACCACAAGGCCCUCCACCUUCAUCUCGACACCUGUUGGAUAUGUUCGGUCAAGUUGGCGGUGACGUCCGAGGUGGCAUGAUUGGACCUGGACAGUUCAGAUAA